CCCAGUGAUAGCUUCUUACACCGCGGCACUUGAAGCGCAGCUGUAAGAAUUUAAACCCGUCUUUGUCUCUUUAUAUCAGCCUUUUUAGUCACAGCAGCAGGAAACAUGCGUGAGUGUAUCUCCGUGCACGUUGGUCAAGCUGGCGUCCAGAUUGGCAAUGCCUGCUGGGAGCUUUACUGUCUGGAACAUGGGAUCCAGCCGGACGGACAGAUGCCCACUGAUAAAGUCCGCGGCGGAGGAGACGAUUCCUUCAACACCUUCUUCAGUGAGACUGGAGCUGGAAAGCACGUCCCCAGAGCAGUUUUUGUCGACCUGGAACCCACUGUCAUCGAUGAGGUGCGCACUGGGACCUACCGCCAGCUGUUCCACCCUGAGCAGCUGAUCACUGGCAAGGAGGAUGCUGCCAACAACUAUGCCCGUGGACACUACACCAUCGGCAAAGAGCUCAUUGACAUGGUUCUAGAUAGGAUCCGCAAACUGUCCGACCAGUGCACCGGCCUUCAGGGCUUCCUGGUCUUCCACAGCUUCGGAGGUGGCACCGGCUCUGGUUUCACCUCCCUGCUGAUGGAGCGUCUGUCUGUCGACUACGGCAAGAAGUCCAAGCUGGAGUUCUCCAUCUACCCAGCUCCCCAGGUGUCCACCGCUGUGGUGGAGCCCUACAACUCCAUCCUGACCACCCACACCACCCUGGAGCACUCUGACUGUGCCUUCAUGGUCGAUAAUGAGGCCAUCUACGAUAUCUGCCGUAGAAACCUUGAUAUUGAGCGUCCCUCGUACACCAACCUGAACAGGUUGAUCAGUCAGAUUGUGUCCUCUAUCACUGCCUCCCUUCGUUUCGAUGGUGCCCUCAAUGUUGAUCUGACAGAGUUCCAGACCAACUUGGUGCCAUAUCCCCGUAUCCACUUCCCUCUGGCCACCUAUGCCCCCGUCAUCUCUGCUGAGAAGGCUUACCAUGAGCAGUUAACGGUGUCAGAAAUCACCAACGCCUGCUUUGAACCAGCCAAUCAGAUGGUGAAAUGUGACCCUCGCCACGGCAAAUACAUGGCUUGUUGCCUUUUGUACCGUGGUGAUGUGGUGCCCAAAGAUGUUAACGCUGCCAUCGCCACCAUCAAGACCAAGCGCAGCAUCCAGUUUGUGGACUGGUGCCCCACUGGCUUCAAGGUGGGCAUCAACUACCAGCCCCCCACUGUAGUUCCUGGUGGAGACCUGGCCAAGGUCCAGAGGGCUGUGUGCAUGCUGAGCAACACCACUGCUAUUGCAGAGGCCUGGGCUCGGCUUGACCACAAGUUUGAUCUGAUGUACGCCAAGCGUGCCUUUGUUCACUGGUAUGUAGGUGAGGGUAUGGAGGAGGGAGAGUUCUCUGAGGCCAGAGAGGACAUGGCCGCUCUGGAGAAGGAUUAUGAUGAGGUUGGAGUCGACUCUGCUGAAGGUGAGGAAGAUGAGGAGGGAGAGGAGUAUUAAAGGGACAGAAAGGCACUAGAAGCACUUCAAAUUUCAAGGCAUUUAAAAUUUGCUCUAUCAAAUAGCACUUUGGCUGCUCAUACAAGGAAAUCCGCAAAAAAUGUCAGAUUGGCUUAGUUACAAAUAAAUGUCCUGCAACACAA